AUGUGGUGUGUGGAAGUCUUGAUGCGCUGCUGCAUUCCAACGCGACGGCACGCCAACACCGACGGAUACGCCCAUGGAGUUAGCCAUCGUAUGGAUCUCGACAACGUACCUGAUACUACGAAGCGCAACGAAGUCGUUGCCUCAGCUGAGCGCAACGGGAGUGUCAGAACCUACGCGGGAGCAGCCCGCACGGCCAAGGAUGUCGGAGUCAAGCCCGAGUCCGAAUCCGGCACCACCUCCGCAUCACCGCCGCACCACCAGCACCACCAGCGCCAGCGCCAGCACAGCGCAACACAGCACAGCACAGCACAGCGCCUGCACACACCUGGGUCAGCGCCAGCCCAGCGCCAGCUCCAGCAUAGACAGCACAGCACAGCGCCAGCACAGCAUCACGCGCCAGCACCAGCACCAGCACCAGCACCAGCGCCAGCGCCAGCGCCAGCGCCAGCGCGCUCCUCGACCAGCGCCACCUCACGCAAAGAUUACCGCUACAGCUUCCCACCGAUCAGACGAAACAGCCCAGCACUGGCUGGUCCGCUGGCGCUGGCGCUGGCGCUCCUCCCAUAUCCUCGAGCACAGCCAAAUCUUCGCCGCGAGCGGGAAGGAAACGCGAGAAAGAGAUGCAGCAGCAGAGAAAUAGCAGAAGAGGUGCGCAGCGGAGGCUCCAUCACCUCCAUCCAAGAUGCGCGUGUCCCUAGCGCUUUGGUCGAGAAUGGCAUACGUGAGCCGGGACAGGCUGGUGAGGGAGAAGCAGGUAAGCUGGACAAUUUCGACGCCGUCAUGCGAGGACAUUCGUGGCUGCGCCUGUGCAUGUACCUGUCCCGGUUCUUUGAUAGCAAAUGUACAGUGUAUGUUCAUGCGUAUGAUGCGUCUUUCCGCAAAUUCUCAUGGCCGCCGCCCAAGUCGGGGCAGUGUAUGAAGUCGUUCAUGGUCGCUAUGAGCAUCAGCACAAGCACGCAUGAUAGCAGUGUCGAAAAGUCAUCCUACGGUGAAGCUGAUGUAUUCGCGGCUUUGGUAGAGACACCCGCGCUCACGCCUCUGCCUCCAAUUCAGCUGCGGAUAUCCUUGACAGUAUUACAUACACCUCCCGCCUCUCACAUCUCCCAGAAUGCUCAGCUCCUCGAAUGCUCAGAGCAUUUCAUGUUUUCCCUUUGGCUCCGUUGCCCGCACCAUCUCCGCAGCCCGCAUGUCCGUUGCCCGCAUCCACCUCCGCUGCUCAGUCCACCUACACCAUUCUCCUGCCUGCGCUUCCCUUCUCCUGACCUUCGAGCAAGCGGCGCCCGCUCGAAAGCCGUCUUCCGCACCUCCUCGACAUCAGGAGACCCGGAUUGGGUCGUUCUGAAAGGCGCGCAGAGGUCGAACGAGGUCUCUGGAAGAGGAGGCGUUGAUGUCCGCGAAGGUGUGGAGGAGAUGCAAAGCACACUGGAGACGUUGUCUGAAGAACUGGCUGCUCGGAUUCUGCGGCUUCAAGGCGUUGAGGCUGGGGAACAGGUUGGCGCUGGACAAGAGGACAAAGCCCAAUACCACGACGAGGGAGGGAGGAUUCGGACAUUGGGCAGGAUCUCAGCUCUUCAUGUAUGCGCUCCGCUUGUAAGCUCGUAUGUGAUUUCCUUGACUCUGAUGAAUGGCCACGUUUCGGUUCUCGGGGAUCUACGGAGCAUGUUCAUGAAUCCGCCUGGGCCUCGGGGAAGACCAGAAGACAGCACUGGGAGAACCAAAGGUCAUGUUGUGCGCUUGGGUGUCUCCUCAAUUUUGAUUGAUCUGGAGUUGCCAUUGUCCCGCGAUGAUGAUGUCCAACCAUGGUCAAGGCCAGGUGUAAGUAGAUCAACCAAGACAAGGGUGUAG